AGUGCCAUCUGUUAGUUGGAGUUACAACUUGAGCGAGGUGAGUUCGUGAGACACAGCGGCAGCAGGUGACCUGUCCGCUCUCCUGCCACCUGCUGCUACUACUCAGUGCUGCUGUAACCGUCCUCUGAGGUGGAGGUGUUGCAACCUGGAGGGGGUGUCAUUCAUGAUGAUGGAAUGGAUCGCAUCGCAGCCUCUGCCAGAUUACGAUCGGUUAUCAGAGUGCUCCACCAGCCUGAACCAGUCUCUGGGUGCUGUUCUCGAUGUUCAUCAAACCUCAUGGGAGUCCAGUGCAAUAAAGAAUGGUCUUGAAGCUGAAGUGUUUUGCCAUUGUUCUGGUGCUCCCAGCAUACAUGCACACUCGACAGACGUAAUAAAGUCAACAGGGAGCGAAAAGGAAGAUGUAAAUGAUAAUUUAUAUAAAGUUUUCCAUGAAGGUUGUAGUAAACAUGGUUUGUCGUGUACGGCUGAUACCAGCCAAAGUGAAGAGGAUAUAAUUGGUCCUUUAAGUAGUUCUUACGUGGAUCAGGAUGACUUUAAUGAUAGCCCAAAUAAAUCCUUGUCACUCAUCAGCACACUUGAGAGGUUAGAGGACUAUGUACUGACCCCCUUCCGGAAUAUGCAUGACAAAGUGAAGAAAAAGCUACAAAAGCUUGCAUCGCCUAUCAAAUAUGAAAAUGUAGAGGGUAACGGAUUUAACCCAAAAUAUCCGCAGGACAAUGGAGAAAAUGAAAUUGGUUGUACAAAAGAGAGUGCGCUCUGUAACGAUGCGGUUGAAGGUGUAUGUAAGCUUAAUAGAUCAUCUCCUCAUUUGGAUAGGACUAGGAGCUUCCCUGAGGAUACUUGGCUAAGUUGUCAAGGAGAAUCCAGUGAAGAAUGGAUAUUAGCGAUGGAAAAAUCUUUGAGCUUCAGUAGUGAUGGGGAUGAGCAAAUAGUGACACCCAGGACUCCUUGGAACUCGCCAGUACUGAAGUCUGAUGUAAAAGACCAGAACAGAUGUAAAGAGGAAAAAACGCCACAGACGCCAUUAUCAUCAGUAUCCAGUAAGCUGAUUAAAUCUCCUCUGCUAAAUAAAUUUGAGGCGAGUUGUGAAGGUUACCUGUGUCGGAUACAUGCCCCUCCAUGGCUAAUGUGGCAGCCUAAGAUACAGGCUUUCAUCUGCAACUUUGAAAAUAAAGAAGAGUUACAAUCACAAGUUAACCUAAUGCUGGAUGAACCAAACCCUGAGGAAGACUGGUAUGUGGUUCGCCCCCACCAUUCUUCAACACCAGAGGUAGGCGAGGAGCGUGUGUUAGAGGUUCCCAGAGGCAUGCUGUGGGUGCGGACAUCAUCAUCGGGCUUCCUCGUCACCAAGGCUCGAUUCAACCAGCUCACCACCUUCCGUCCUUUGCCUAGUACCUGGAGAGUUGUAACUAGCAAAGCUAAAAUUACAAGAUUGGCUAAUUCAUUUGGCAAGUACAUCCCUUUAUAGUAAAUUUUUAUACUCUCAGCACUAAGGAAAAAGUAAUACAUCAAUAUGAAAAUUACUAAUUUUUUUUUUACCUGGUAUUGUAUACAGCUUAAUUUUUUGUAUAUUUUGUUUAAUUUAUUGACAGACUGUUUAGGUAAAUUGGAAUGUUUGCACGAGAGCAUACUAUUUUGGUAUUUUUUUUAGGGACUGCUUCAGUAUCGGUUUCUUAAAAUGUGUAAUUGGAAACUUUCAAUUGAAAUGGGAAGUUUUAGCAAAUUCUGCAAGUGGAUAUUAUUAGUUUAGUUUAUGAAUUACUUACUC